CCCAUCUCGACAGAACAGUGUUUAUUUUUAGCAAGGGACCUUGUCGUAUAAAGUUGUAUUCCAAAACCAUCGAGGUUUAUUUACAAUCGCUGGUUACACCUGAGUGGGACCCGUUACAGUUAAAAGCGACGACUAUCUCGUGAUUGGAAAUGACAGUUUUGGUUUGAAAUGUCGACAUCGGAAUCGAGUUCAGCAGUUUCCAAAUCGAAUGGGGUCCGAGAUUACAAAGUUGUCAUCUUGGGUGAUGGUGGAGUUGGAAAAAGUGCUCUGGUGAUCCAAUUUGUGUGUCACAGAUUCUUGGAAUACCAUGAUCCUACAAUAGAGGACUCCUAUCAGCAGCAGGCGAGAAUCGAUGGGGAACCAGCCAAGCUGGACAUCCUGGACACAGCCGGUCAGCCUGAGUUCAAUGCUAUGAGGGAGCAGUACAUGAGGAAAGGAGAGGGCUUCAUCAUCUGUUACUCCAUCACUGACCGUCGUAGCUUUGACGAGGUCCUCACCUACAAAAAACUCAUCAACCGAGUACGGUGUAGGGAGGAUAUACCCAUCGUCAUCGCCGGCAACAAGUGUGACCUCGAGGAGAAGAGAAAGGUGUCGGUGGAAGAGGGUAUGGCGUUAGCAAGGCAGCUAGAAUGUCCAUUCUUUGAGACUUCAGCCGUGCUGAGGAAAUGUGUCGACGAUGUGUUCCACAAACUUGUGCAGGAGAUUCGAAGAAAAGAACUUGAUGCUUGGGAACUUGAAAACAAAUCAACACGCAAACUAAAAGGGUUUCGUCGUCUCGGCGCUGUACUUGGUCGUCUUAAUGUGUUCAAAAAAGGGUCGCGGUCACAUAACACCUGAGGUUUUGACCAGGAAUUGCCUUCAACGUCCGUCCUCACAAGAAAGGUUGGGUGUCUACGCAGAGAGUGCCAUUGUUCUAACACAUAGGACAACAUCUGUCACAUCAUUGUGUAAACAUGGAUUUGACUUGAUAAUGCUUUAAUAAUGUAUCAGUCAUCUGUUGUCAGAGUAGAAUUUAGUUUCUAUUUUCUGAGACUUGUAGGCGUGAUGUAAAUAUUUGUGUGAAGUUCUAGUCCGUAUAAAGACUCUGAGCGGAUCGUUUGUUACAUUCCUUAACUUAAGAAAAUUCCUUAAGUUAUCAUUUUCAGUAGGGGAGCAUUAUUGUAGUUAAGAAUAAGUAAUUUCACUCACGAUUUCCCCUUUACUCCAAUAACGCUUUCCUAUGGGAAAUGUACGGAAUUUCCUUCAGUUAAGAAUCUUUUGUGAAACAGUUGUAGAUUUGGGGUGAAUACUGAUUUGUUGUGAAACACAGUUUGUGUCUGUGUGUAACACACAUAACUUUCUAUUAUACAAUCAAGACGCAUUAUUAAGACUAGCAAAUUGGAGGGGGGGGGGGGGGGGGGGGGGGGAGGAUUAAAUGUUGAGUAAUAUUCUUAUUAAAACUGUGUAAUGAAUGACAGUUACGACACAGUGGGAAAAAAAGACCUAGAAUUACUAUUGUUAUACAUGAGCUCUAGUUACACCAAGGUUCAUAGUUAGCAGAGGAUGCCAGCACAUCCUGUAAUGAAAUGUUUAGAUGACGCAGGCACUCGCCCUGAGAAAGCAUCGACAUGUUACAAAACUACCUAUAUCCUGUCCAGUUACUAUCAUAGGGGCUUUGUUCGUGCUUUAAUGAUAAUAUGAAUGUAAAACUACCUAUAUCCUGUCUAGUAACUGUCAUAGGGGCUUUGUUAGUGCUUCAAUGAUAACAUGAAUGUAUGGGUGAGGAUGAUUAUCAAACAAACGUUUUAAUCUCCUAUACACAUGUUUUCACAUUUGUGAGUGAAUAAAUCGUUUUGCCAUAAAAGAAAGUGCACAGUAUUCCAACUAUGCAAUAACUAAUAUUUUUUCUUUAAUAUCCUUUUUUCUGACAUAGUUUUCUCAGAGACAGCUUUCCAAAGUUAGGUAACCUUUACUUACUUACAGUAGAAACACUUGGUGAUUUAGAGUGGCCUAGAAUUCGGUAACCUUUACUUUAAGUAGAAACACUUGGUGAUUUAGAGUGGCCUAGAGUUUGGUAACCUUUAUUUUUAGUAGAAAUACUUGGUGAUUAAAAGUGGCCUAGAAUGACUGUCCAAACUUCGGUAACCUUAACUUUAAGUAGAAAAACUUGGUGAUUUAGAGUGGCCUAGAAUUACUCUCCAAAGUUCGGAAACCUUAACUAAGUAGAAAUACUUGGUGAUUUAGAGUGGCCUAGAUUUACUCUCCAAAGUUUGGUAACCUUAACUAAGUUAGAAAUACUUGGUGAUUAAGAGUGGCCUAGAAUUCGGUAACCUUUAUUUUAAGUAGAAAUACUUGGUGAUUAAGAGUGGCCUAGAAUUACUCUCCAAAGUUUGGUAACCUUUACUUUAAGUAGAAAUACUUGGUGAUUUAGAGUGGCCUAGAAUUACUCUCCAAAGUUCGGUAACCUUAACUAAGUAGAAAAACUUGGUGAUUUAAAGUGGUCUAGAAUUACUCUCCAAAGUUAAUAAUACAGUGUAGUUUUAAUCAACAGCUUAAUUUUUUCACCAUUUCUGCCUUAACCAUUUGUUGUCAGUUGUUUUAUUUUUUGUGUGCUGAAACUUCAUUUUUUGUUUCUGUGAAAACGAUCAUAUUCGGUUUUUACUGUUAUUGGUGUCAAAAUUUUAUAAGUGGCAACACUUCAGUAACAUGCCUAUUUAUCACAGCGAUUAAUAAACUCCACUCUUUAAGCUCCAAUUUCAUACUCGUCUCAUUCUCAAGCUCAGUUUGAGCUCAAGUGUCUUAUUUGCCAUAUAAACAUAAUGUAACUGAAAUCUCAGCUUGAGAUAGACACAAACGGUUUGUGUUGGUAGAGCAUGUAGUUGUAAGGUGGUGGCUUUCAUAUAGAGUGCUGCAGUGCUCCCAACAGUGCUAGCUGAAUCCCUAAACUGGCUGAAGAGCUUUAACUUAUCAUUUGUUGAUCAAGAACACUAAUAAAUAAGGAGAUUUAAUUACCCUUAUAAAAAGCUUUACCGAUUCAAUUGGCUUUAGAAGCAAAAUGCUUUUUAUUUGGCACCAAAGACUGUUUGUGAUAUUCUGUGCGAAGAUGUCCAUUUCUCACUAUAGACUUGGUCAGGAUACAUGAUUCCAGCUCACGGUCAUGUAUGACGAUACUUUCCUAGCCAUUUUCAUACCUAGCCAUUUUCAUAUUCGGUUGUUAUUUCAAUUUCUAUGGUUAUGUCUUUCAUGUGUCAGCAAAAUUGACCUCUUCUAACUUUUUCCAGGUUGAUUUUAGCAAUUCUAGAUUAUAGUUUAACCACGGAAUGAGGUUAGAUUAGGUUAUCUAAGUCCGUGGUUUAACAAUGAACUUCUCCAUUGGUCCCAUUUCAUUCAAGUUUGAUUCAACUCAUUACAAAAUUUUUUCUCAUGGAAAACAUGCAAGUUUUAACAAAUCUUUUAUUGGAAAGAAUGGAUUUCAAAGGUAUUUAAUGAAUAGAAUGUGCAAUAAUAAGAAAAGAACUCAUGAUUGGUCAAAGGGAGAUAAUAGGUAUCUCCAGAUUUAGUGCUAUGAAUAUUGUAUUCUAUUGACGCAUCAUAUUGAGUUAUUUUGUAUUAAGUUAUAUACCUUUGGAUGUAAAGGUAUAUUUUGUAUUAAGUUAUCUACCUUUGGAUUAAAAGGUAUAUUUUGUAUUAAGUUAUCUACCUUUGGAUUAAUAGGUAUAUUUUGUAUUAAGUUAUCUACCUUUGGAUUAAAAGGUAUAUUUUGUAUUAAGUUAUCUACCUUUGGAUUAAAAGGGAUAUUUUGUAUUAAGUUAUCUACCUUCGGAUUAAAGGUAUAUUAUCUACCUUCAAAUUAAAAGGUAUAUUAUCUACCUUCGGAUUAAAAGGUAUAUUAUCUACCUUCGAAUUAAAAGGUAUAUUAUCUACCUUCGGAUUAAAAGGUAUAUUAUCUACCUUCGAAUUAAAAGGUAUAUUAUCUACCUUCGGAUUAAAAGGUAUAUUAUCUACCUUCGAAUUAAAAGGUAUAUUAUCUACCUUCGGAUUAAAAGGUAUAUUAUCUACCUUCGAAUUAAAAGGUAUAUUAUCUACCUUCGGAUUAAAAGGUAUAUUAUCUACCUUUGAA